GGUCAGCGAAAUGCGACGCGUCCUCUGUCGUUCUCUUUUCGCAGCGGUCCUUUUACUAAAGUGAUCGUCUGUUCGUAGACUUAAAUUUAUUUUCCCAAAAAUAUUUAGGGCAUCCUAAAUAGUUUUGCAAAUCAAAAUGGUCCAGAAGAAACCCAAGAAGAAGACUGGCGGUAAAAAAGUGGCAGCAGCUCCUCUUGCUGUAAAAAAAGUAGAAGCCAAGAAAGAAGUAAAUCCUUUAUUCGAAAAGAGGCCAAGAAACUUUGGAAUUGGUCAAGACAUCCAACCUCCACGUGAUCUUUCCAGAUUCGUAAAAUGGCCCAAAUACAUCAGAAUCCAAAGGCAAAAAGCUGUCUUACAAAAAAGAUUGAAGGUGCCACCACCAAUCAACCAAUUCACCCAGACUUUAGAUAAACAAACAGCAACUCAACUUUUCAAAGUUUUGGAAAAAUACAGGCCCGAAACUGCCCUUCAAAAGAAGAACAGGUUAAAGGCAAAAGCUGAGGCUAAAGUGGCUAAAAAAGAAGAGGCUCCCUCAAAGAAACCCAACACUCUUAGGGCAGGUACCAACACUGUUACCAAGUUAAUUGAGCAAAAGAAAGCCCAAUUGGUUGUUAUCGCCCAUGAUGUUGACCCCAUUGAGCUUGUACUCUUCCUUCCAGCCCUUUGCAGGAAAAUGGGAGUACCAUACUGUAUUGUUAAAGGAAAGGCUCGUUUGGGGCUCCUUGUCAGACGUAAAACUUGCUCAGCUGUAGCCUUGACCCAAGUCGAUUCCGGUGACAGAUCCAACUUCAACAAAAUCGUCGAAGCCAUCAAGACCAACUUCAACGAUCGCGGUGACGAAAUCCGUAAACACUGGGGCGGCGGUUUGCUGGGAUCAAAAUCCGCAGCGCGAAUUGCCAAGAUCGAAAGGGCGAAGGCCAAGGAAUUGGCCCAGAAACAAGGAUAAAAAUAUUGUUUUAAUAAAUAAGUUAAAAGGAAAAUGGGUUGGUUUUUUUUU